CAGGAAAAUAUGGGAACUCUGCUCACCAUGCAGCCCCUGCCUCUGCUCCUCCUGCUGCUGCAGCCAUUUCCGUUUCAGUUUUUAAUGCUACGUGAAUAUUUGGAUUCCUCAACUGAUUGGGAUGAAGAAUUUGAAGAUUAUUUGGCGGAAUUAUAUAGUACCGGGCCUACCAAACCACCUACCAAGGAAACUUUCCAAAAGCAUGUUAUAGUUGAUUCUGACAGAUCAUUAUCUGAUUCAUGGUACUGUUAUGGUGAAAUAAGGAUGAAAAAUAUUCAAAACAGGCUCCACUGUAAAAAAGAACAUUUCUUCCUCCAAGUAAAAUAUGAGGAGUUGCAAAAUCUCUGUAAUCAAAGGUUUGUGCCAUGUAAGAAUGGAGUUAAGAAAUGUCACAGGAGCCAGAAAGUGAUAGAAGGAGUGUAUUGUAAUUUAACAGCUGGAACCAGGAUGCCAGACUGUGAAUACGAAUCUUUUCAUAAGAAGGGACAUGUCCUUAUCACUUGUCGAUGGCAAGAUGAUAUCCAACAAAUUAUUCCUGUUCAUGUAAAUAGUAUUUUGGAAACACAUGGCAAGCAGUAA